AAACAAAAUGUCUCUUCGUUUUGACGGAAAAGUUGCUAUUGUCACUGGAGCUGGAGGUGGUCUUGGCAAGACAUAUGCUCUUGAACUUGCCAAGAGAGGAUGCAAAGUUGUUGUAAACGAUCUUGGAGGAGAUAGACAUGGAACUUCAUCCUCUUCAUCAAUGGCUGACAAGGUUGUUCAAGAAAUCAAAUCAGCUGGAGGACAAGCAGUUGCCAAUUAUGACAGCGUUGAGUUUGGAGACAAAAUCGUAAAAACCGCCAUCGACAAUUUUGGAAGAAUUGAUAUUGUUAUCAACAACGCUGGUAUCCUUCGUGACGUUUCUUUCCUCAAGAUGACCGAGCUUGAUUGGGAUCUUAUCUUCAAGGUCCACGUUAAGGGAGCCUAUGCUGUCACCAAAGCCGCUUGGCCAUACAUGAGAGAUCAGAAGUACGGGCGUAUUGUGGUCACCUCUUCCAAUGCCGGAGUUCACGGAAACUUUGGACAAGCCAACUACGCUGCUGCCAAAAGUGCUCUCAUUGGUCUGUCAAACUCUCUCGCCCAAGAAGGUGCAAAGUACAACAUUUUGGCAAAUACCCUGGUCCCAACAGCCGGAUCUAGACUUACCGAGACUGUCAUGCCACAGAAUCUCGUUGAUGCUUUGAAACCAGACUAUGUCACCCCACUCGUGACAUACAUGGUGCAUGAUUCUUUCGAAGAGUCCGGAAAAGUUUUUGAAGCUGGAGCUGGAUGGUACGGAACUAUUCAAUAUUACAAAUCUAAAGGAAAGGUUAUUUCACACGCAUCAGCUGAUGACAUUGCCAAGAACUGGUCAACCAUCACCAACAUGAACGGAGCCGAGUACAUCGGAACCAUCACUGAGCAGAGUGCUAGACUUGUCUCAAUCCUGGAAGAGCACGAAGCUUCAUCUGGAAGUAGCAGUGCUUCUUCUGGUGCUUCUUCUGGUGGUGCUUUCCCCUCAAACAUCAGGAGUAGUGCACUGUUCCAGGAAAUGGCUGAUGGUGUGAAGGCUGACCCAACUGCAGUAAAAACUUUGAAAUCGAUUGUCCUUUACAUCAUCACUGACGGAAAGAACGAGCUUGGAAAAUUCACUCUUGACUUCAAAAGUGCAUCUCCAUCCGUGUACUUGGGUGAUGUAAAGAACGGAGAAAAAGCUAACGCGACGGUCACUGUUGCUGAUAGCGAUUUUGUUGACAUUGCAGCCGGAAAAUUGAAUGCUCAAAAGGCAUUCAUGAGCGGAAAACUGAAAGUGAAGGGAAACGUAAUGCUUCUUCAGAAACUUCAAACCGUUCUUGAAAAGGCGAAGAAGUCAAAAUUGUAAACAGACAGAAGCGUUCAAUUUUGUAAAUUAUAUUGAGUCAGAAUGAUUAAUUAUUGAUAUUGAGUACAUUUAAUAAAACAUUUCAAUGACA